AUUAAAAAGAAAAGGAUAAUUUACCUAAGUCCAGUGUUACCCCAUUCAAACCAAAACCUGCUUCAAGGCUCACCGUACUCCCUCCGUCUCCUUCGCGCCGGAAUCGCCUCCGGCAGCGGCGGAGGGCAUAUCAUCACUUUCGUUACACCAUUAAGACCGUCUCUUCGUCCUCUAUCACAAAUCAACCUCAAUGCCUCUCAAUUUUCAGUCAAACAUCCAAACCAAACCAAAAUCAAAUGAACCCUAACUCACUAAAUCUUGAAUUAAACGCGAGCAAAGGGAGAUUCGGAGACCAAACCAUAAGGGAUUGGCUCCAUGGACUACAAAAUACACCAUAGUAAGGAGAAUCGAUCGAGAAAAAUGGAAUUUCACCAACCUGUAAGACGGCGGAGUGGCCCGGUGAAAAUUGAAUUCAGAGCGAACGAACAUGAAGAUGAAGGCGCCUUCAGGUUUUAGUUGCCUAGUUAUUCGCAGCUUUGGAUUUUUCUGCUAUGCAUAUGCUGCUGUUGGGCAUUGCCUUGCAAGUGUGCUGAAGGCGCCCAACACCCAAAAACCUUACACAGACGCAAAACAAGUGUGCUGUGUUGUGGUGGUUGCAACUUUGACGGCGUAGAAGAUGGAAGGGAUGAUGCAACUACCAUACAUCACUACGGUGAAGCUCAUGCUCGGUUCACUCGAACGCAACCUGCUUCCUGAUGCCGUCAUCAGAAGACUCUCACGCUUGCUUUUGGCCACUCGACUUCGCUCUUCUUACCAACCUUCUUCUGAACUUCAGCUCUCUGAUCUUCUCCAAUUUGCUCAUUCUUUACAAGAGAUGCCUAUUGCAGUUAGUACUGAUAAGCCAAAAUCUCAACAUUAUGAAUUACCAACCUCUUUCUUUAAGCUCGUUCUUGGAAACAAUCUCAAAUACAGUUCUUGUUAUUUCUCUUCUGCCUCAAAGACCUUGGAAGAUGCUGAAGAAGAAAUGUUGAAACUGUAUUGCGAGAGAUCAAACUUGAAAGAUGGUCAUACAGUUCUUGACGUCGGAUGCGGUUGGGGUUCGCUGACUUUAUACAUUGCCAAGAAUUAUAGUAAUUCCAGGGUUACAGGAAUCUGCAAUUCCAACACUCAAAAAGCUUUUAUCGAGGAGAAAUGCAUGGAGCUGCAACUGCAAAAUGUGGAUAUCAUUGUUGCGGACAUUAGCACACUUGAAAUGGAAGCUUCUUACGACAGAAUAUUUUCCAUUGGAAUGUUUGAGCAUAUGAAGAACUAUAAAGAUCUUCUCAACAAGAUAUCCAAAUGGAUGAAAGAGGAUGGUCUUUUAUUCGUUCAUCAUUUCUGCCACAAAGCAUUUGCCUACCACUUUGAGGACAAAAAUGAAGAUGAUUGGAUUACGCGAUACUUCUUUACUGGAGGAACUAUGCCUGCAGCAAAUCUACUUCUUUAUUUCCAAGAUGAUGUUACAGUCGUCAAGCAUUGGCUCAUAAAUGGGAAACACUACGCGCAGACCAGUGAAGAGUGGCUCAAAAGAAUGGAUAAGAACAUGGCUUCCAUCAAGCCAAUUAUGGAAUCAACAUAUGGCAUAGAUUCGGCUACUAAAUGGACUGUCUACUGGAGAACAUUUUUCAUAGCUGUAGCAGAACUUUUUGGAUACAAUAAUGGUGAAGAAUGGAUGAUUGUACACUUUCUUUUCAAAAAGAAGUAAAGAAAGUCAAAAUCACUACUCUCUUGAUUUGUGAAUUGAGUCUAGAAACGAGGUUUAGGAAUGAAUAAUUAUUGUUUUUAUUGAUAAACCAGUUUGAUUUGGUUUUCUGCCUAUU